GCGGGAUGCUCGGUGCGCUGCCUCACCGCGCCCCAGGCCACUCGCCCGCCUCGCCACCUCGCCCGCCGGUCCCAGAGGUAAGAAGAGCCUUCCGGAAGCGACCCGGCGGGAGCUCCCGCCGCUGGGUCCCCGGCGGCUCCCGGGACCCUUCCGCCCCACCCUCCCCGCCGCCGGAAAGCACUGGUGGACGGGACCGUUUUCUCCACGCACCCGGUCCCCUUCCCUCGCUCCUUGGUGCUCAGCCCCCAGGGACAUGCGUUAAAAAAUGUCGUCUCGGCAUCUCUGAGUCCCGACUUCAACCUGAACUCGGCGCUCUCCUGGCGCAGGUGUGGCCGAAUGUCUGAGGCUGACGGUAGAUUGAUGGGUGUUGAGUCCGAAUAGUUGGGACCCUUGAAGAACAACUUCUGGGAUACUCUGCGUUUCAGAACAGGUUUGAUAGUUUUGACAUAGCUCCUAGGCAUUAAGAAAUGAAGCAAUCCAGAUAACACACCAAUUGUGCAAGAAGGACAGUGUUAAUAAACCCAUUUGUGGAAGCAAGGCAGGUCUACACAGCACGAUGCAAAAUGAAAAUUUCGCAAAAUUUUAGUCAGUUGAUUAACUGGCAUAUUAACUAUGCCAAGCAUAUAAAUAUGUGAAGAUAUAAUAUUAUCCAGGUUGGCGAGGAGCUUUGAUGAAAUUAAGCAGAGAACAACCAACUCUCCACUUAAGGACGUGCUAUAAAGUUCUAAUUUCAGGUGUUUUGAAGAAAAAUUCACCAUUUGGAUGUGAGAAAGGACAUGAGGAGACCAAAGACCUGGGAUUUUGCUGAUCAGAAUGAAACAAAUGUUGAAAGACUUUUCAAAUCUAUUGUUGGUGGUGCUCUGUGACUAUGUUCUUGGAGAAGCUGAAUAUCUCCUUCUGGGGGAACCGGGCCAUGUAGCACUAAGCAACAGGACAGUGUCUGUGGAUUUCCAGUAUUUGGAUGGUGCCAAUGGGACGCUGAGGAAUGUCUCUGUCCUGCUGUUGGAGGCCAACACCAAUCAGACUGUUACCACCAAAUACCUCCUGACCAACCAAUCCCAGGGGACCCUCGAGUUUGAGUGCUUCUACUUCAAGGAGGCCGGCGACUACUGGUUCACGAUGACUCCGGAAGCCACAGACAGCAGCCCUCCGGUCCCCUGGUGGGAGAGGAGAGCCUUUCUGAAGGUGGAAUGGCCUGUCUUUCAUGUUGACCUGAACAGGACAUCCAAGGCGGCUGAAGGCACCUUCCAGGUGGGCCUUUUUACCAGUCAGCCACUGUGCCUGUUCCCCGUGGACAAGCCCGGCAUCUUGGUGGAUGUCAUCUUCACCAACAGCCUUCCAGAGGCAAGAAUGAGUCAGGGCCAGCCGCUGGAGAUAAGGGCUAGCAAGAGGGCAGAACUCGCUCAAGGCCAGUGGGUUGAGUUUGGCUGUGCACCUGUGGGGCCGGAAGCCUAUGUCACUGUGGUGCUGAAGCUGCUUGGCCGAGACUCGGUCAUUACGUCCACAGGCCCCAUUGACCUGGCCCAGAAGUUUGGAUACGCGCUGGUGAUGGCGCCAGAGCUCACGUGUGAGUCCGGGGUGGAGGUGAGGGUGCUGCCCCCGCCAUGCGUCUUUGUCCAAGGGGUGAUCGCUGUCUUCAAGGAAGCCCCCAGACGCCCUGGGGAAAGGACCAUUCGGCUGGCUGAACACAGCCUGACCUUGGGAGAAAGGAGAACAGUAUUCAACUGCACUUUGUUUGACAUGGGGAGGAAUAAAUACUGCUUUGACUUUGGCGUUUCAAGCAGAAGCCAGUUUUCCGCAAAGGAGAAGGAGUGCAUGCUAAUUCAGAGAAAUAUAGCUUUCCAGCCAUCCACUCCGUCUCCUUUCCAGCCCCAGGCUCCCGUGAAGUCCAACAACAUCGUGACGGUCACUGGGAUAUCCCUGUGCUUGUUCAUCAUCGUGGCCACCGUGCUCAUCACGCUGUGGCGGAAGCUGGGCCGCGCCCCCAAGUGCAGCACCCCAGUCCGCCACAACUCCCUGCACGCGCCCGGCUGCCGGAAGAACUCAGACGAGGAGAACAUCUGCGAGCUGAGCGAGCCCCGUGGCAGCUUCUCAGAUGCGGGCGACGGGCCGGCGGGGAGCCCUGGGGACCAGGGCAUCCCUCUGACCUACCGGCGGAGCGCGCCCCCCGACGACGAGACCUCGGGCAGCGAGAGCUUCCAGUCCAACGCCCAGAAGAUCAUCCCGCCCCUGUUCAGCUACCGCCUGGCCCAGCAGCAGUUGAAGGAGAUGAAGAAGAAAGGCCUGACGGAGACCACCAAGGUGUACCACGUGUCCCAGAGCCCCCUGACGGACACCGCCAUCGACGCCGCCGUCGCCGCAACCCCCGGAGGCUCCGAGAGCCCCGAAGAAGCCGCGGCCGGCAAGUUCCGCCUCAAAUCCCCGUUCCUGGAGCAGCCGCCCGCGGUCGGCGCCGGGGACCGGCCCCCCUCCCGGCUGGACCACCCGCUCUCGCCGGCCAGCUGCGCCGUCAGCCCCAGCCAGAGCCUCCUCCGCAAGUCGCAGAUGCGGAGCCACCCCCGGGGGUCCCAUUUCCGGAGGACGGCAAGCUUCCACGAGGCCAGGCAGGCCCGACCGUUCCGGGAGCGGAGCCUGUCCACCCUGACCCCCCGGCAAGCCCCCGCCUACAGCUGCAGGAGCCGGACGUGGGACCAGGCGGGAGAGCGAGUCCGGCCCCCGAGUCGAGGCGCUGCCCUGCUUCCGGAGAAACGGGACCAUUGUCCCGGGGCAGGUGGCACCAGUGGUCCGUUAAGCCCUUUCCCUAAACCCCACACCCUGGGGCAGCCCACGAGGAAACCAGACCUGGGGGAUCGCCAGGCAGGGUUCGUGGCCGGAGGUGAGAGGACGGAGCCUCACCGGGCUCGGAGGGGACCGUCCCCCAGCCACAGGAAUGUCUCAAGGAAGCGGCCUUCCUCCCCGGCCCCCAGAGAUAGCUACCAGAGGGUCAGUCCUCUGAGCCCUUCUCAGGGUCGGAAAGACAAGUGCCAGAGCUUCCCCGCCCACCCGGAGUUCGCCUACUACGACAACACAUCCUUCGGCCUCACUGAGGCAGAGCAGGGGAUGCUGGACCUCCCGGGAUAUUUUGGGUCAAACGAAGAGGAUGAAACCACAAGUACGCUGAGUGUGGAGAAGCUGGUCAUCUAGACCGAGAUCAGCCUGAGACUUCACACAACUGGGGCCCUUUGCCCAGCUCAGGGUAUCAGCUGCUCACAUUGUUCUGUGGACUGUUUUGUGUAACUAUUUGUACAGCAGGACAGGAUGUGGGGAGGUGGUAACUGACACAGGUGUCCGCAUGUGUUUUAAUUCAUAAGGAAGAAGUUAUUUAUCUGGAGCUUUUCCCUUCGUUAUCUUAUUUCUAUUGGCUUAUUACUACUAACUAUGAUAAUAAAAAUUUAAACAAGAGUGAAAUAGGGCUUGGUCUCUCAUGUGAAUAUGAAAAAUGACAAGAUGCAGCUUGGCAGGUUCCAACUUGAAACAAACCUGAGAGUUUCAACAGGAAGAAGGGCUGGAACAAAGUCAGCUCACUAAUACAACCCUGAACUGUAAUUUAUUAAGUUUUAAAUCCUUCAGAUUUGACUCCUGCACGGGCAGUAUUGAACAGGUUUUAUCUUUGGCUGAUUAAGUCAAUUAUGACUAUUCCUAGGUUACCUAGAUACGGUGAUACCACAAGAUAUUCCAGAAGAACUUUCAGGCCAGAGUUGGGUGAUAUCUUACUGUUUUUUUAUGCAAGAAAGAGUGCUGGGGACUCGACACAAACUUUAUGUGAGUUAGUUCUGCUUUGGAGAAAGAAUAUAAGAAGCUGAUUGUUCAGGUAGUGAGUCAAAUGAAGACCUAUCCAUCGUUGUUCUGAGCGAAAAGUAAACAUUUUGGAAAGGAAGGUCUUGUCUCCCAGGAGAGCAUCAACUGGAACCUGGGCAGUGGAUGCAUGUCAGGGGGCUGCCUGGCCUCAGGAUGCUGACAAUGUGCUCCUGGACCAAGCUGGCAGCCAAGACCCCAGGAGUGCCAUUCUGAAACUGGUGUGUGUAUUUUUUUUUUUUUUUUUUCUAAUAGAGGACGUUUACUAUUUCUUUGCUGGUCAAACAGAACACAGAUGAGGAGUACAUAGGGAAGGGGUGCCUUGUAAAGGGAUGUAUGUGGCGGUUUCUUGGGAAAUAGUCCAAGGAGUCUUCUCAGCAAAGGGACUUGGGCUGGUGUGUCAUAAGCAUCCAACACACCCAGUCCUUGGCCUUAAGUUGGGGUCCCCCCCAUAGG